UUUCCUAGUGAAGUAGUAAGAAGUCAGCGCUUCCUUCCUUGCUUACCAUAGCAACAGCACAGUACGGCAAAGUGUUAUUUAGGGUUUUGAAGCAUGUCAGGAAGAGGCAGGAGGAUCACCGACGAGGAGAUCAACGAGCUCAUCUCUAAGCUCCAGUCGAUGCUGCCGGAAUCCCGGCGCCGGAACGCAGGCAGGGUGUCGGCGUCCAAGUUGCUCAAGGAGACGUGCAGCUACAUCAAGAGCUUGCACCGGGAGGUGGACGGCCUCAGCGACCGGCUCGCCGGUCUGAUGGACACCAUGGACAGCAACAGCCCUCAGGCUGAGAUCGUCAGGGGCCUCCUCAGGUCAUAACUAUUAUAUCUUGUGAUUAUAUAUAUAUAUAUAUACUUAUCACACGGCACUGCCAUCGUGUUUACUUGAGAGAGAGGUAGCUUGCUAGACAUGUACUUAUUUGAUUUUGAUCUGCAGCUUUUAGUUAAUGGCUUCUGUACAUUUCUCUUGGCCUGGCUUGAGUUCCGUGAGCAACCGAGCUAGAGAAAUACAUGUAUCGUGUGUUCUAUGGUUGAUCCCUCUAUGUAAACAGUUCCAUGGUUGUCUCUAGCAAAUUGUUGGGUAUUUUAUUUCUCCGUUAGAAUAUAGUAACAUAUAUACGAAUUUGUCAUAAGGAAUUAGCUUGAUUGGACUAUUGGUUUAAUUAUA